CAGAAAUUGCAAGUGUUGCAGGAACAAUUUGUGGUUGGAGCUUCUCCAUGUGAAGCUGAGCUUCAGGAAUUAAUCCACCAAAUUGACAUCAUGGUAAACAACAAGAAACUGGAAUGGGAAAGGAAGGUGCGAGCUUUAGAGGCAAGAAUGGAUGUCCGGGAUCAAGAAUUAGCAAAUGCCCAAAGCAAGUUGGAUCUGAAAGGUCAAGAGGUAGGGAUACUUCGACAGAAGUUAGACAGCUUGCAGAAGACUAAAUAUGAGAUGGCUCAGGAUUUCGAAGCUCAACUUCAAGCACUGAAGUCUCAAUUUUGUAAACUGACACAAAGCUAUGAAAAACUACAGUUACACCAGAUAAAACAAGAUAGGGUUCACGGUAAAGAAAUAUUUGCAGAAAAUCUGGAAACUCCAUUUGAACUGCGCAAUUUAAACCAGAAAUUGGAAGAAUUUAAAGCAAAAUCAAGAGAAUGGGAUCAGAAGGAGACACUAUAUCAAAACCAUCUCAUUUCUUUAGAUGCUCAACAAAAAUUAUUGUCUGAGAAGUGUAAUUUAUUUCAGAAACAGACGCGGAAUUAUCAAUUCCAAAUCAGCAAUAAGAACCAGAAACAGGAAGACGUAGCUACCUCCAGCCAAUCCAAAAUUGAGAGGGAUGAGUUCAUUAUUGAAAAAUUAAAGUCAACUGUGAAUGAAAUAGCAAUAAACAGGAAUAAGUUACAAGAGGAAAAUCUAAAACUACAACAGGAACUAACAGUGUACCAAACACAGUGCCAGAACGUGGAGGCAGGACUUUCAGAGAUGAGAAAUGAGCUGCAGUCACGUGAUGCCCUCUGGAGAGGGAUGGAAGCGGAAUUCCAGCAGUUGCGUAAAGAAUUAUUCAAAAUUGGAGAAUGUAAGAACAUCCAAGAAAAUCAAAUGAAGCUUCAGUCAGCCUAUGCACAAUGUAUUCAGGAACUAGAAAACAAAAAAGCAGAGCUAUUACAUUUGGAACAACACCAGGAAAGUCAGCAAAAAGAGCUAAAAAAGAUAAGGGACCAUCUUUAUCACGAGGAGCAGUCUCAUAGCUCUGAGCAGGAAAGAAUGAGGACAGAAAUCUCUGACCUGACAGAAGAGCUUCAUCAGAAGGAGAUCACUAUAGCAACUAUCAUGGAGAAAGCUACUCUUCUGGAAAGAAAGUUAAAAAUGGAGUUAGAGAUAAAAGAAAAAUUGUUAGCAAAACAACAGAUGUCAGAGAUGAUGUAUGAAGCUAUCAGAUCGGAAAACACACAUUUGAAGAAGAUGAUAGAAAAUCUGCAGUCUAGAAGAUACAUGACUAUAGAUUUAUCUAACACAGAACAUGAGAAUUACACAGCUUCCAUUCAUGAACUUGAGUGUGAGAAUGAAAGGUUACGAAAUAAUCUUGGUAAAUUGCAGAGUGAUUCAGAAACAUCAAUAUUGGCUACUCUGGAUAGAUAUGGAGAAACAAAGCACACUAAGCAAACCCAAUUAGAAAUGCAAGAAAAGGAAGAGAGAACUUUCCAAAAUAAAAUUAAAUGGCAAAUGAAACCUGUGUAACCCACUAUCUAUCUCUACAGAAACCAAAAUCUUACUCUACAUGGUCAAGGUGAUAUCAUUGGUACUAAAAGUGGCAGCAGCUUACCAUCUCAGAGACUUAGCAGAGAUCAUGACCAGAAACUAGAUGGUAAAUCUCCAUCACCACCAAUGUUAUAUCCUUCACACUACAACAGCCCAUUUCCUGAAAAGCACAGGUGUGAUGUUUUACUGAGCCAUGUGUACAGUGUGGAAGAAGUCAACCCAAUGCUUCCCCCAGAGAUGUCCUUACCUACAACUGCAACAGAAAAGUUCUUUCAAGAAGAAGAGAAACGAGCAAAAGAAUUUGAAGAGAUUUUAAAUUCACACAUUGAAGAACUGCAAAGGCAUUCUGAAAAUACUGUCAAAAAAUAUGCCAGGCUAAAGCACAAUAGACAUAUAUGA